AUGGCAACUUCAUCUACCAUAAUAUCGUCUUCUCUCCUUCCCACCAGAGUUUUAACAGCAAAUUCUCAAAACCAGCAACUCCGCCUUUUACGUAAUGGGGCUUUGCCUGGCACAGCCUCCAAGAGAAGUGCUGCCUUCAGAGUUCAAGCUGCCAAGCUUCCUGCUGGGGUGGUGGUGCCAAAAGUAGAGCCAAAAUUUGAGGCCCCCUUCCUUGGGUUCACCAGGACUGCAGAAAUAUGGAACUCUAGAGCUUGCAUGAUUGGACUUAUUGGAACUUUCAUUGUAGAAUUGAUAUUGAACAAAGGAAUAUUACAGUUGAUUGGAGUGGAAAUUGGAAAAGGUCUUGAUAUUCCUCUGUGA